CUCCUGGCGGCCUAUCCUGUAGAUCAGAUAGCAGAGCUCACUCAGAACAGGACACGUAAACACUAUAUACAACGAUGAUUUGGCACAUUAUCGUGUUCAUUAACAUCAUCCACCGUACGAUUGCGGAAGAUGGGCACUGUGCUUGCGCUAUUGGAAAUGUAGCCGUUUACCGUGAAGCGGGGCGGUUGGAGACACAAUUUUCGGUAAUUCCAUCAGGCCAGUGUGUACAGCACAGAGAUGAGUUGAGAUUCGUGACUCUGAGCAACACUACGUGGACAUCGCUGGAGUAUGCAGGACAGAUUGGAUUCGUUGAUUCUAACAUGCUGUCCCCUGAAGUUUGGAAUGGGGGGUGUCCAGAUAGAUCACAAAGUGUCCGAGAUGUUCCAAAUCAAUGUCCACGGAUCAUCACACGACAGGAAUGGGGAGCUCGGCCACCUUCACAUCUAAUUAGCAACCUUCCGGCUACCCCGCAGUAUGUAUUCAUACACCACGGGGCAGGUUCACGUUGUUUUACUGAGAGCGCAUGCUCAGACAAGGUUAAAUCCUAUCAGGACUUCCACAUGGACACACGUGGUUGGUGGGAUAUCGGCUACAGUUUCGUUGUGGGUGAAGAUGGUAACGUUUACGAGGCUAGAGGUUGGGACAAGAUAGGCGCCCACACCUAUGGUCAUAAUUCAGUGGGAAUAGGUAUAUCAGUCAUUGGAGACUUUCGAACGGUCACUCCAAACCAGGCAGCUUUGAAUGCUGUAACACAGCUAAUCGCGUGUGGUGUAAACACUGGCAAGAUUCAGACCAAUUACACCAUGCAGGGACACUGUGACGUAGUACGUACUGAAUGCCCAGGGAAAUCCUUCUUGGACAUCCUCAACACUUGGCCACAUUACCACCGUCCUAAUGGCAGCUACUGUCCUCCAUUUGAUGAAUCAAUUCAAAUGAAAUAAAUUAUUACUCCAAAGAACACACUUUGAAUUUUGAGUGUAUAUUGUGGAAAGGCAUUGUAAUGACAUUGAUCCUGGUUUAGCGCCUUCGUCGUUACUUUUAUCAUGUUCAAUUGAUUCCACCUCUUGCCUGGAUACGGGGCGGGGCGGUUUAAGAAUAAGUAUAAGUAAGAGUAAGAAUCAGUCAUAACUGUGGUGUAACAUCAUAAAACACUGUGCAGAAAAAGUAAGUCACGUGACAUUAGUUUAUAAACGUAUCAGACAACAAUAUAAUGCAACCCAUUUGUUUGUACCAUGGGUCAUUUUUCAUGAAUUCGUUCAUUCAUUGGCGAAACCGGUAGACGUUUGGAAAUAAAGAAAAAGUCACCCUA